GAAGUAAAUUGCUGCUGUACCACUACAGCCACAUUGAGGUCAAAUUAUUCAAAUGAUGUUUAAAAAUGUCUAGUUUUUCGAGAUCAGCCCAGCAAUGGGCGAGCUUCGCAAGAUCCUGGCUCCUGAUAGACGCUCGGAUGCAGCCUCCAGGAAAGAUCGCCUCUGUGUGCUCCGUGCGGCUUCAGGGGAAACAUAAACCCAUUUACCAUCCACUGAGUGAUAUUGGAGAUCAUGUGGUGGUCAUGAACACCAGACACAUCGCCUUCUCUGGAAAUAAAUGGGAACAGAAAGUGUAUUCGUCUCACACUGGCUACCCUGGAUCAUUCAAACAGCUCACCGCAGCCCAAAUGCACAAGAAGGACCCAACAGCCAUCAUUAAACUGGCUGUGUACGGGAUGCUUCCAAAAAACCUCACCAGAAGGACCAUGAUGCAACGGCUUCACCUCUUCCCAGAUGAUCUCCUUCCGGAUGAUAUUCUGAGGAACCUGACAGAGGAGCUUCCUCAACCCAGAGAGAUUCCUCGUAAGCUCAGCGAUUACACGCAGGAGGAGCGGGACGCUUUCCCCAGGCUCUGGACCCCGCCAGAAGACUUCAGGAUGAAAUGACCGUCAUACAGCAGUUUCCCACAUCUUGCAUCUCUGACCAGGAGUUAUAGGACUUGGAAAUGUUUAUCUUUUUUUAUGUUGUUAAAGUGAAUUAAAUUAUGUCUCAAAUAAUAAAAAGAAAUGGUGCGUUUGUCAA